AAUGAAAAUCUCUACUUCUUUUUACAGACCCCAUCAGCCAAACCGAGGAGAUGAGGCGCACAAUGAAAAAUUUUCGAGUUGACCUAGUAUUUUAGCGAAAGCAAAGUAGUCGUGUGACGGGAGCUUUCCUUGUGUGAGACAGGUUCUCGAGAAAGUACGUGACUAGACGACCGAGUACACAUAGAGUUUUUCUGAGCCCCUUGUUAAUUAAAACUACACUCUACUACCAAAUCACGUGUCUACCCCUAGAAAUAAGCACGCCAUCUCCAACAAAAAAAUAUGAUGGAAGACGACGCCCCGCUGAGCCGCGAGGCGCUGCUGAAGGAGGGAUUCAAGCCGACCAUUGGGGUGACCAAACUCGGCCAGGCCUUGUACCACCCAUCCAGUGACACGCUUUUCGACGGCCAGAGCCUGCGCGUGCAGCCGCCCAGCGCGCAGCUGAAGCGGAUGACGGAGCAGCACAAGCUAUCAUUUGUAAAAACGUCCCGCCCACCCCAGAGUUGUCAUGCAGGUUUGCAUCGACAGGAACAUUUGUAAUGCGCAUCACCAUGAUAGUAAUUUCUAGUCGUGUUGUGGCAUUUGUAAUGCUGUAACCAGGAUCAGCAGAUGGAUUUGUGAUGCGUUUUAUCGUGCUAACCUGCACUACACUACGGACGGCAACUUGUGAUGCAUGAGUCCCAAAACUUCUAGGUUUGUGUUCCAAAAUCUCCAUCUCUUGUUUUGCAUCGUAGAGCAGGGAUCGUAUCGUAGAAAAAGGUCGGUCAUUAGUGUUUGGCUCAUCGCGGUUGCCACGUCGUUAGCGCAAGGUUUUGAUUGGGUAUGAAAGAAAAUAAAACAUGGCAGAAAAAAGCACAACAAUGAUACCAGCACCUCCCCAAUGAAGGGGAGGCGUGUGCAUGCUAUUUCUUUUUUACCAUUCCAAAAACUUAGACCUUUCUUUUUUUCUUGAUAAGGGGGCAGUCCUUGCAUGAAGUCCUAGUUAAGACACAUAUGCAUAAGCUGCUCCAGGUCAGGGCAACUAUCACAGACAAAAGUGCAGAAGGAGCAUGGGUGUUCUACCUGUGUGAAGUGUGAUAGGCCGUGGCUGCAGGUUUCCGAUUGCCAAAAGAUUCUGAAUGCGCGGCACUAAACCUUCAGGCGGGUAACAACGUCUGCUAUGUGAUAUGUAUUCUGAGAAAGUCUCUAGCUGCAUUUUCGAGUGUGAAGCUAUGUAUGAGCACUGGCUUGGAAUAGCGGAUAUGUAUGAAGAUUAAUGUGAUGAAAAAUAUGAAGCGCCUUAACAAAGAAAGGACGUGACUUCUUUUCAUUUUUCGGGCUCAGGGAGCUACCUAUAUAUACCGGAGCGGCCAAACAAGACUGAAGGGCUGGACGGGACAGGUACUGACGUCGAAGCGCUCUGCGCCUGAGACGUCACACAUAGCAACAGAGAUCAAACGGGCGCCACGAUUCGAAAGCUACGCCGAUGUUGCUAUCUGGGACAGACAUGCAGUCGCAUCGCACAACCGGGAGAAAGUAGCUUUUUUUGCAUGUGGGUAGCCGUGUAUAGAGGCCGAAAUCCCCUCCCGCAUUCAAACAAAAAAAAUCUCCAUCUUGACUCUGGUGUGGGGACGUUUUCACUCAGGAUACAAGCUGAACAAGAAAAACAAAUCGCUGAACAGCAUCGGCGGGAAGGACCAGGACGAGGGGAAACCGAUUCCGACCAACGCCGUGUUGCUGGAGACGCACACGUAUGAAUUGCAAAAGUGUCUGGGUCUGGAAGAGUCAUGCUGCUUUUGCAUGACACAGAAGGUCUGGAAAGGAAGUUCUAGCAUCACAGGUUUCGAGAAGCUUCCGCAAUGCCGAAUCUGCAUCACAAAUGCUCGAUUUUGGUGACAGAAAGCGGGCAGCUUUUGCUGCCUAUGCAUGAGAGAUUUUUAUGUGUUGUGAAAUGCGCAUCACACCCAGACCCAGACAUAUUUGCAAUGCAUAACGCGGAAGAGGCGGCGCUGCCCGAGGAGGUGUUCGAGUACGAAAACUGGGAGUUCACGGCGGAUUUUACCUUCAUGCAAGGCCGCCGGCCAAAGCAAGAAGAUCGACACUUGAUUGUCCGUGACCUAAAGUACCUACCAAACGUUUCUUUUCUGUGUUUUCUACCUCAAUUUGUAAUGCGAAUUUUGUAAAUUUAUUCAUUUAAUGUUAUGUUAUGUUGUUGGGGCGUUACUUAGAAAAAGGAAAUUAUAGUCGCAUAAUUUGAUACCCCCACAAUCGAAGAUGAGCAUUACAAAUCUUGGCGUAAAGUACAGAUUUCCAAUGAAUACCAGACCGCUAAAGCCCUGAAGUACUCGUUAGAGCACUUGGAUGGUUAUGGAAAUGAAUUUAAAUGCAGGCAAUGUGGAGGGCUUCUUUGUCAUGCGCCAUAACCGAUUGCAUAUUGCUUUAUUGCAUAUGCGUAGCAGAACUACACUCACAGUAUCACUUUAUCCAGAAAUGCACCAGCUUUUUUUUUUCAAAUCGAUUCGACAUAGUACUUCUAGAAACAACUACAACACAUAAAAAUCCUGAAUCUGCCAUCAAGACCUGCAUUUUCUUUUCCACACCCGCCCGUGCUCCCUUUUUGGCGUGUUCGACGGUCACCAAGGGACCCAGUGCUCCGAGUUUAUCGCGAAGAAAUUUGUCCUCAAACUCGUCCCCGCGCUGGCUUCCUACCGCGGGUACUGGACGGAUGACAUGUACCGGGUGGCGCUGAAGGAUGUGUACGAGGCGCUGGACCGGGAAUUCCUCGCAAAGAACAAAACCUUACCUGACGGCGCGACGUCUGUCGUCUCCCUCCUGGUCGGCGACCGGUUGGUCACUUCGUGGUUAGGUGAUUCCCGCGCCGUCUUGAUGGAGCGGCAAGGGGCGGUGGACAUCAACGGACAGCAACGCGUGGCCUUCAAAUCUACCGCGGUCACCGAGGAUCACAAACCGGAAGACACGAACGAGAAGCAACGGGUGACGAAUGCCGGUGGGAAAGUUAUCAAAAUGGGCGGCUGUUCCCGCGUCGCGCAUUUGGAUUUCGAGGAGAAAACCCGGCGGCUGAAGAUCGAAAAAGCUCGCGGGUUAGGGGGAGUGCAAGAACGUGAGCCGGUCGCGCUCGCCGUGUCCCGCUCCUUCGGCGAUCGGGAUUUCAAGGUCCCGAAACCGCUGUUGAUCGCGACCCCGGACGUGGACAUCCGCACGGUCCGGAUGGAGACGGGCUUGAUGUUGAGUUGCGAUGGGGUGUUUGACGUGUUGACGAACCCGGAGGUGUCGAAGAUUCUACACAAAAACUACCCGGACGCGACCAAAGCCUCGUCUGCAAUUGUCGAGGAGGCCUACAACCGGCGGUCGAUGGACAAUUUGACCUGCAUCGUCGUGUACUUCCAGGAAAAAGUCGUCGAAGUGGUCGAGGAACCGGACAUCCAGAUCACCGCGCAGCGCGAGGUGACCACCGCGGAGGUCCUGCGCCGGGAGCGGGGCAAGGGGAAGAAACGCGGGCGAAAAGGAGGACAUAAGGGGUUCAAGAAGGGCGAAGUCGUUGUAGAUGGGGUCGUGGUUGAAGCGGCUCCAAAAGCGGACGACGGCCGGUCCACCGCGUUGGUGAAUCGGUACACCGUGUACGAGUCGAAAAAAGGCUCAUCCGGGGCCGGCAAGGGAAAGAAGAAGGGCGAGAAGAAAGGUUCUUCGGGAAACAAGAAGGGCUCCGAAAAGGGCGGAGUGUUGAACACCUCUGGUUCGUCCUUCGACUACAACAACUCGGGAGCUGGCUCGGGAAAUUCCUUUGACUACGAAGAAGAUGCUGGCUCGUCCUACAAUCCGGAACUCCACGGCUCCUACAACGACUUUGCGGAGCAAAUUGCAGCCGCGGCCGCGGAAGAGGAGCCGGCCGUGCCGGACAUGCAUGUGCCGGUGUCGAGUUCGGCGUUGGAAAAGUUGACGAAGGAAAAGGAGAACAACGACGGCGGGUACAUCGAAGGGUACGAGGAUCGCGACGGCUACAUUGCCAAGCGACAGAGAACCGAUGACUCCGACGAUCUCGAUUAGAGAAGUAGCCUUCGUUUUCUACUUUGGUUUACAGAUGCGAUGAAAACAAGCUGCUGCAAUUGUCAAUCAGAUGUUUUUUUGAAAAUCUGUACACAACUAGCCGAGACGAGCGAAACUGACAACGAACAACUUGAAAUUCGAAACCGCAAGAUUGCAGCGGUAGCGGACCAUUUCCAAGCGACGAAAUGAGAAAGCGCAACUCAUUUAGACAAUACGACAAAAGAUCAACGCACUGGACCCGCCUCUACAACCCGACUUUCACAUGUACGGCUCUGUAUACCGAAAACCUCAAAAAAACCCUGAAGGAACCACGAG